AUGAGAUUGACUGAAAAAGUCCAAAGUCUUGGGAUUAUUACGUUGUAUAAUACAAGGCCUUUUUCGGGCCGAUUCCACCCCAGAGCAAAAGCCUCCUCGUUAAGAGAUGCUGACUCUGGGCCUAAAGCCUCCUCGUUAAGAGAUGCCGACUCUGGGCUUAAAGCCUCCUCGUCAAGAGAUGUUGCUGAUUGUGGCCCAAGGGCUUGCUUUCCGGGCACAUUCCCAGAGCUUUUAAGCCCAAUGGACUCGACCAUCCCACGACGUGCUCUGGGCAAACCUGCGGUCAAGGAGCGAGUCGGACGAUAUGCCAAGUGCUUGCCUGUCGACCCCACACGACCUGAUGCACUCGUCGGUCUCGAGCAAGUUUCUAAUCUUGUCAGCCACGAUCUCGGAGGUCCCACAUGUGUAAGUAGUCGUCCCACUCAUGCGCAGGCGACUCUCAAGCACGCAUCGCUUGCCGGAUGA